AUGGACCCAUCGUUGCGUGGUAGUGUUGACAGUCAUCAGUUCGUUAAAAUUGGUUUAUUAAUGCAAAAAUCCAGCCUCACCCCAUUUGUGGCCAUUGUGCCGAACUCUUCACAGAUAUCUGUGCCAUCAUCUGCAGAGGAGACCAAAGGUUUGGAGAGCAGAUCGCUGCAAUUUACGCGUAGACUGAAGAGCUCCUACUGCCAAAUAACCUCUUAA